AUGUUGGGUCAAAGUCAGAACGUGACUUCUACAACUACCAUUAUGCCAUCCAAUUAUCAGUGUACUCCCGAGGAGGAGUCACAAAACUACGAGGCCGUCGAGCAAAUGUUCGCCACUCUCUACUUUGUGCUUCCGUUCAGCGCCUUCGGAGCGCUUUCAGGUAAGAUCCAUGAAAUCUUGGACAUUUUUAUAAAUUUUGUGUUUUGCAGCCAACCUUAUCUACCUGAUCGUGGUCACGGUAGGCAUUCGGAAGGGAAAAUUGCCGCUGAAACGCUAUGCGCUGACGAUCAACCGAACGUGCGCCGACAUUUUCACCAUCAUCGUCGGCGCCUACUUCUACACGAAACAGAAGAUGGAACGAUGCGAUUCGCACAUUUGUCUGCCCACCGAAACGGAUCCAUCCAAAUACGUGCUCCAAGUUGUGUUCAUUCUCAACUAUUGGUGUGUGAGUCUGUCCUACACUGGCAUCGCCGUCCUCACGAAUUACGCCGUCCGGGCGCCGCUUCAGUAUAAGGUUGGCUUUGUGGUUUUUGCCGAAAAUGAGGGAAAUUUAGGUGAAUCUAACCUCUUGGAAGGUCGCAAAAUAUAUUGUCGUCGGCUGGCUCGUCUUGUUUUUCUCCUUCCUCUUGUGCGUUUUGCUGGUGCAUCAGGGAGAGCUGGACUACCAUAGCAACUCGGUUAUCCAUCUGUUUUUGGACGAUUUUGAUUCGGACGAGGUCAGUCGGCAGUUCUUCAAUAGUUGCGGCUAGAUGGGCUUUCCUUUUUCCACUCUUCAAAAGCCUUCAGCGUAAAAUUUUCUUGCUACUGUUGAAAAAAAAAAGUUUCGACAUUGGAAUCGAAGCUGGCAGCGUGCCAAGGCCCGGCCUCCCAAACGCAUAUGCUGCGCGCCAUUGUUGCAACAUUGCCGCACGCUUUAUUGUUCUUCGUUUUUGUCUUUCUUUUUCGGCUAAAAAUCAGCAGAAAUUUGGUUUUUUCCCAUUUUUUACCCCUAUUUAUUCAUUUCAAUCGGCGUUUGCUAUAAAAAAUCAACUUUGAAAACAGAUUUAUCGAUUUUUAGCUUGAAUUUUCGAACAUUUCUUGAUUUUGUGUUUUUCUCCUUUCGAUUUCGGUGAAUUUGAGAAUUUUCAGGAUUUCCACCUACGGAAAAGUCGAACAAGCAACAAAAGGGCAUGGAUUUCUUCUUUUCGGGUUAGUUUUUGACGUAACAAUAAUUUUCUCUCCGAUCAACGUUUACAGACUUCACUCCUUCGCCGUCUUCUCCACUCCGCCGUCAGCACACGACGGAAAGUUGAAGAAGCAUCUCCCGUUGGAUGAUUGGCACUAA